GGUCUAUCUUGGCAGCUAUGUGGAAGGGACUUGUAGCUUUAUAUAGGAUUUUAAAAUCAGGGCUUUUGAGGGAAGUUCUGUGACCCUUUCUGCUUUAUUAAUUUUUCUUCUCUGGACCUCAGUUACUCAUCUAUAAAGGGGAUAUGGGGAGGAAGGGCAGUUGAAGGAGUCUCUACAUGCUUUUUUCAAAUCUAAAGUUCUAGGAUUUGAUCUGGAUAUAGCCCAGCUGAUAUAAUGAAUGAAAGUAGAGGCAGGACCUCAUUACACUGUGGGUGUACCUGCUGUCUGGCCAAGAGCUACUCCCUGAUCAAACUCACCACGAAAAGUUUAACUAACUACUGAACACUGGCUGCCUUCUUAUCUUCAUUCUCAUCUGUCCACUUCCCUUCUUCACCACCCAGCAUCCUCACCCACCCUGGGCCCAUUUUACAUAGCAGCUUCUCUGUUCUGGGUUGAUACACCAUCUGCUGGCCAUGUGGGAACUCUUUAAAGCUGCACUGACCAGUAGAAAUGCGAGCCACAAAGGGGCAGGAGCAGGAUGUGAGUAAAAUCAUCCAAGCCCUGAACGAGUGCCUGGCUGCCCUUCCCCGGCAGGAGCUGCGGAGAGUCUGUGGCAUUGGAGUGUCAGGCCAGAUGCAUGGAAUCAUGUUUUGGAAAACAGGCCAAGGUUGUGAAUGGACAGAGGGAGGGGCCGCCCCUGUGUUUGAGCCCAGAGCGGUGAGCCACCUGGUCACGUGGCAGGAUGGCCGCUGUAGCAGCGGGUUCCUGGCCUCUCUGCCCCAGCCAGAGUCCCACCUCAGUGUGGCCACAGGGUUUGGCUGUGCAACUGUCUUCUGGCUUUUGAAAAAUAGCCCAGAGUUCCUUGAGUCCUACGACGCGGCUGGUACCAUCCAUGACUAUGUGGUUGCCAUGCUGUGUGGUUUGCCAAGACCCCUGAUGUCUGACCAGAAUGCUGCCAGCUGGGGAUAUUUCAACUCCCGGAGCCAAAGCUGGAACUUGGAAAUACUGAGGGCCUCCGGCUUUCCGGUCCAUCUGCUCCCAGACAUCUCAGAGCCUGGCAGCAUGGCAGGCAGAACUUCCCGAGGGUGGUUUGAAAUCCCCAAGGGGACACCUGUGGGUGUGGCCUUGGGUGAUUUACAGGCCUCCGUGUAUUCCUGUAUGGCCUGGAGGACAGAUGCGGUUCUCAACAUCAGCACCUCAGUUCAGUUGGCAGCCUCCAUGCCUGCGGGAUUCCAGCCAGCGCAGAUUCCAGACCCUGCCGCUCCGGUCGCCUACUUCCCAUACUUCGACAGGACCUACCUGGCCGUGGCAGCAUCCCUCAAUGGGGGCAACGUGCUGGCCACGUUUGUCCACAUGUUGGCCCAGUGGAUGGCAGAUCUAGGCCUGGAGGUUGAAGAAUCCUUGGUGUAUUCACGCAUGAUCCAGGCGGCAACACAGCAGAGAGACACCUGCCUAACCAUCACCCCAACGGUGUUGGGCGAGAGGCACCUGCCAGACCAGCUAGCAUCAGUGACCAGAAUCUCCUCCUCUGACCUCUCCCUGGGGCAUGUGACACGGGCCCUGUGCCGAGGCAUUGUCCAGAACCUACACUCCAUGCUUCCCUUUCAGCAGCUCAAAGAGUGGGGCGUGGAGAGGGUGAUCGGGAGUGGAAGCGCACUGUCCAGGAAUGAAGUACUGAAGCAAGAGGUGCAGAGGGCUUUCCCCUUCCCAGUGUCCUUUGGGCAAGAUGUGGAUGCAGCUGUUGGAGCAGCACUGGUCACGCUCCAGAGAAGCCUCAAGCAGGGGCCUUAGGCAGUAAAUUCUUUGGUCAAAGGACUGCUGCUGAUUUUAUCAAAUUAACCUUCCUGACACGAUCUGGGGUUACCAUUUCCUGGAGAACUGUGUCCUUUUAAGCAAUGCCUGCUCAUGGGACACCAUUCUGAGCAAGAACUUACUUUUAGGGGACACUCAAGUGUCAUCAAACUAACCCCAAGUCAGUACCUUCUGAAUGAAACUCACCUGGGGCUGGUUGCAAAUGUAAAUAUGGAAAAAAGAGAGAGAAUCAAAGAAAAGGAGCAGUUGUCCAGCAUCCUGGUCAGUAGGCUCACCAGUGAUUCACCUGUAGACAAAGAGAAAAUAAAUGUGAACUUCAGACACUAAAAUGUCUGGUGACUGUAGACUCCAAGUACGAAAAGAAGACCUGCCCUCACUCUGUAUCUGACUUCUGGAUCAAUUGUUUUUAUGGACAUGAAACCUGGACUCGGGUCACAUGGACAUGGACUUGUGGGCAAGUCCUUCUCUACUGGAUCGUAACAUACGACCCUGAAGCCCUGUGGCCCAUCUCAUCCCCCACUGGCCACAGCUGGUUAGCUGGGAUAGGCGAUGACCAAGGUCUUGAGGCAGGCUGGCUCAGAUGAGGAUGCAGGGCUAUGUGUCCUCCUUCUGUGUGUCCCUACCUCCUCCUGCCCCAAGGAGAGCCUGCUGCACUGGGGCUGCCUUAGGUACUCACAGCCUGCUGAUGUGAAGGCACGUGGUAUUGAAGGAAAGGCAGAUGGCCUGACUGGCAAGGGUGAUGGAUGCUGUGUGGCCACCACCAUUCAGGCACAUUGACCCCAAGAGCUCGUCCAGGUACCAGCAGAGCCCUUUUCCAGGAGUGUCUGUGCAGGAGGGUAUUUUGGGCUCCUCAGAUCUCCCAGAAGCUUCCAAGAGGAGGGGUGCAGAUUGGGCAUACUCCUGCCAAAGUGGUGGCCCACUUAGAGAGAAUCCCUUCUCCUGCAGGCCCUGCUCUUCUCUUAGUGUGAGCCUUGCUGGCCCAUCAUAUGUUCCUGCCUCACAGAAACAUCCACUCAAGCCGACAUACCUGUCGGAGGUCUAGGGCAUCUUAAACCUUCUUGCAGCUGGUAUGGAUGAUGAAGGAAUAACUUCUGGGAGAGUGUCUGCACCCAGACUCUCAAGGGUGAGCCCAGGCUCAGGCAUGCCUCUCUGAGGCACCUGGAUAAAUUAUGCUUGGGAAGCAGACGUGUUGUCUCAUUGUUAAUGCCAUUUUAUGAAUUAUGUGAUUGUUGGAAGCUCUUCAAUUAAUCUGUCUGAAUGUGCUGAUUGAAUUUCAUAUACUAAAGCUCAUUCUUCCAGAGCCUUGUCCCUUUAAUGAGACAUAUUUUGGUUUUGAGAAACCUGUAAAUUACUGCAUAGUCGCAGAACUGGGGUCGGGAGGUUGGCCAUGGCCCUGAGAGCCAACUGUUGGUUGACCUGUAGAAGAACCCUAGCUCACAGUUCUACCCCAACAAGUGGCUGCAGAUCAUACAGGAAAUCACAUAUUUCUCUCAGCUGGGUGUUAAGAGGCCAUCGUUUUGGUACCCCUCUGUGGAAGGCCUUCUGAGAGAGAAGGCACCUGAGGAGAGGCUGAAGGACACAGCCAUGCCUGUCAGGAGGGACAAACUUCAGAGAGGCAGCCUGUCUUGCAUUCUCAGGUGCUGUGGAUGGAGUCUGAAUAUAGGAUUAGGAACCGUGUGGAGGUCCUAUACGCCCAGGCAGCCCUGGCCAGAGCCCAGUAUGGUGCCCGAACUCUGGUCGCUUUUCCAGACCACGUUUCCACUUUGCUUCUGAGGGUUGAACCUUGCACUGUCCAUGCUUGUUAGCUGACAGUCUUGCUGUGUCUAUGGCACGUGGCUCAGAGCAGAGCCUCUGCAGCGGUUGAGUCCAGCUGCAGGGGUCCCACUAAACCACUAAGGGAGGAGGAGGGGAUGCCAGGAAGUGCUUAGAGCUGUGUGAUGAUCAGAUGAGGAACUGGGCUACUGUUCUGGCUGUUAGGGCUGUUUGCCAAUAUCCUGAUUCACAAGCGUGUGGUGGACUUGUACUUUUCCACCUGGUUAGCUUCAGAUAGUAAAAUGCCACUUCUGGGUAGAAGUCUUUCAAAGCUGGUGUGGACUUUGCCACACCCCUUUUCCUUUGCCACACGUGACGGGUGUCCCAGAGGGUGGAGGCUCUGUUAGCCUGGGUCCCAUCCACACCAACCAGUGAGCACCUCUAGUGUGGCAGAGAAAUAAACCUGUGGUGUCUGAAGCUGCUGAGAUUUGAGGGCUGCUUCUUACCACAUCACAACCUGGUUCAUCCCACCAUGGCAACCACAAGUAAGGUCUGUGUCCAAGGAGUCUCAACUGUACCCAGCACAGACCCACAUAUUAUCUUUACUGAGCAUCUGCUCGGAGCUGGGUGGGUGUCUCUCAGGUCCAACAACACCAUAUUCAAUUUCUAUCACUGGGGAAUGAAAUAAAUACUGUGGCACAUUUACCCACAAACCCAGAGGAGGAGCAAUUUCUUCUUCAUGCAAAUGAUAUUGCUCUUAAACCCUGGAGACUUUCAAUCCAUUGAUACUCUUUUUUUUUUAAAUUUUUUUUUUAAUAGAGGCGUGUUCCAUUUAUUUAUUUGUCUGCUUGUUUGUUUGUUUUGUUUAUACAUGCACUGGGUACAGUCAGAAGC